AUGAAGCUCACACCCGAUGAUAUUGACAUACCAAUCCCCAGCAAACGCAAAAUCCUGCAGUCGAGAUCAGACAACCAAUUGGCGAAAGCUGUCUUGAUGAUCCAGAAGCACGAACGAGCCCGGGCUGCAAGGAGAAAGUUUUCUUCCAAAGUAGCUCCCCAAGAGCGAAGAUCAAUUGGAUUUGAAGACCUGGACAAGUUCUGCAAAGCUGUGGUGACUGUCCAACGAUUCUGGCGAGGGUAUCAUGCUCGCAAGCUUCUGAGACACCGAAAGGAACGCUUGGAUGAAGUACUAGGGCUAGUUCCUGGGGUGAGGGACAUUAAAGUGUUAAACAAGGACCAGGAAAACUUCAAUCGCAGGCUGGAAUUGCAGGCCCAGGUGCAAGAAGUGCCAGGGGAUGAAAAAAACAGGAUUUUCGAAGAAAUGGAACCUGGACUGAUGGAGGACAUCACCGACGAGCUUCGGGAGUGGUUCAGGAUCUGGUACCAGGAGGUAGGACACUUUGGAACCUUCCCACCGGCUGAUCAAGGAGGUUCUGUUCUGAUUGUUACUGAACAGGCGGGACAGGUGGUACCGAUUGAAGGACCGGAUUCUGAAUUAGACAGACCAGAGUCUGAAGCUCUAGACACUCUGGUGCGACUUAGUGGACAGAGUUCGGAGGAUUUGGAGCUGGAUGACGAUGUUUACUAUCAAGUUCAACUGGAGGCGCGGAGGAAGGUGGAUGACUUGAUGAGGGAGGAGUUGAAGCGGCUGAACAAGGCCCUGGUGAAGGAUUUGAAGAAGAACAAGGUCAAGUCCGAGGUUCCUAAGCCCAAGAAGAGGAAGAAGAAGAAAAAGAAGACGAAAGGGGUAGAUGGUAGCAAAGUUAAGGAGAUGUAUGACGAGUUGGUUGGAAGUGGAAUCAUCCGGAGCUAUCCGAUCACCUACUGGGACCAGUGGGUUGGAGACACUUCUUACAAGUGGGAAGAUAUGGCCAGGAAUGCUCGCUUAGGAGACGUCAAAAGAGCUGUGAUCGAUCACUGUGUUCUUCCUUUGAUAACCAAGGAGGCCCACAAAUUAGCGCCUCUGAUAAGAUCGGUCUGCAUUGCUGGGCUACCGGGCUCGGGAAAGAGCAUGCUGGCGAACAUAAUCUCCAGCUUAACAGGCGCUAUUCUAAUGGACCUGACACCCGGUAAUUUAGACGGCUACCGCGGGAAGAAGAACGAAAAGAGACUCGUAAAAAUGGUAAUCGCCGUCGGGAGAUCCUAUCCUCAGGCUGUAAUUAUUUUGAUCGAUGGCGGAGAUAAGCCCUGGUGGAAGAAGCUGCCACCGGAGGAUAAGGAGGCCAAGCCGAAGAGGAUCAAAAAGCUGCUGAAGAAGAUUAGGAAGUCUAUAAAAUCUGGGGACCAGCUCCUGAUCCUCGGCCUGGCCUCAGCACCCUGGAAGACAUCCAAACCCUUCUACAGCUUCUACACCACCUUCAUCGUGAUCCCUCCAACGGACCCCAGCUCGCUGAACCUCUUCUACCAGCAAACCCUUUCCAAGCACUCAACUUUCCCUGAAUUAUCCUGUCUCUCCCGCUUCUCCAACUACCCCCUGGGUGCUGUCCAAAAAGCCAUCGAAGCUCUUCCCUUGAACACCAAAACCCAGCUCCCACUCACCCUCGCCCGCGCAAUCUCCGCUGAAUUAACAUAUUCAAAUCCCACGCAGCUCUCAGCUAUUAAGCAAUUUAAAAAAUUCGAAAAUAAACCGAAGAACGAACGGAUGAUGAUGAUGAUGAAGAAAGGUGAAACGUAA